CGCGACGCCGGGCCGCUCUCAAAUCGGACGGAAUCGCCUCCUACGGUUCCGACCCCGACGAUGGCGCAUAAAUAUGCCCGCAGCCGCCGCGGCCCGGUGACCUGUAGCCAGCAGCCCACUGUUCCGUCGGAUCCCAGAGGCGGCGCGCCCUCCCCCGAGUCCUCAUCGUCCGGCGUCGUCCUCCUCCGGGCCGCACGAGAUGAGGUGGGGCGCCGCCGCUGCCGCCGUGUCCGCCGCGGCCACCGCCGCCGCGUCCGCCGCAUACCCCUCCACCACGGUACAGCAGGGGUCCCCGCCAGCGAGGGAGGAGGACGCCGCUGGAAGGAGGCGGUGGAGCGGCGCCGCAGCGGCGGCGGAUGAGAGGUUCGCGCCGCGAUUCGACGGCCUGCGCUUCAUGGAGACCCUCGUCACGGCGCACCGCUGACGGAAGGGCGCACGCGCCAGCACUGCGGGGGCUGUGAUCUGUGGUCCAGGUCGCCGGCCGGAGCAUUUGGUAGCUCUAGCCUGUAUCCAGCUGACCUCGCCGUCGCUGUUCACCAUGUGCUUGUGUUGUUUGUUAGCAAAGGCUAAUCAGCAAAGAAUAUGCUAGUGCUUGUGUUACUCUGAUUAAACUAUUGUGGGUGGCCGGUGCUACGAUUUUUUUUUUGAAACUACGAUUUUUUUUUCUGCC